UCCUCUUAUGAUCAUCUCUCUAGCUCCUUGCUUGGAUCCUUGUUGAAUUAUUCAAACAAACAAAAAACCCUAGUCCCAAAUUCUCAAUAAUCUUUGUAAAAUUAGCUAUAGACUUCAAGAAUUUUUUAUUUUUUUUUCACUAGAAAUUAAAACCCUAUCUUUGAGUUAUUUCUAACAUGUCAAACCCAUGGUGGACAGGCCAAGUAGGUUUACAAGGAGUUGAAACAUCAUCAUCCGCGGGUUCGCCUUCUCUCAAGAAGCCAGAUCUAGGCGUAUCAAUGAACGAUAAUAGUGGUGGUAGUGGUAGUCAUGAUGAAGAUAGGGACCAUAGCGACGACCCUAAAGAGGGUGCAGUCGAAGUAGCCACUCGUCGACCUAGAGGUCGACCAGCUGGCUCAAAGAACAAACCUAAACCACCAAUAUUUGUUACAAGGGAUAGCCCUAACGCACUUAGAAGCCACGUAAUGGAAGUUGCUAAUGGAGCUGAUGUGGCAGAAAGUAUAGCUCAAUUUGCUAGGAAAAGACAAAGAGGUGUUUGUGUUUUGAGUGCUACUGGAACUGUUACUAAUGUAACCCUAAGACAACCAUCUGCUCCUGGAGCUGUCAUGGCAUUACACGGCCGGUUCGAGAUCUUAUCGUUGACCGGAGCUUUCUUACCUGGACCCGCCCCUCCUGGAUCAACAGGGUUGACUAUAUACCUAGCAGGAGGACAAGGACAAGUUGUGGGAGGAAGUGUAGUAGGGUCUUUAGUGGCUUCCGGACCAGUUAUGGUAAUUGCAUCAACUUUUUCUAAUGCAACAUAUGAGAGGCUACCUUUGGAGGAGGAGGAAGAAGGCGGUGGAACGGCAGCACAAGGACAACUUGGUGGUGGUGGAUCGCCACCGGGAAUGGGAGGAAGUGGUGGUGGUGGUGGAGGACAACAACAACAAGGAGGUGGUGGUAUGGGUGAUAUUCCAUCAUCAAAUAUGCCAGUAUAUAAUUUGCCACCAAAUUUGCUACCAAAUGGUGGACAAAUGAACCAUGAAGCAUUUGGUUGGCCACAUGGACGCCCUCCUUUUUAAUUUAGAGGUAAUUUAAUUAUGACAAAAAUAAUAAUAAUAAUUCAA